AUGGAUAAAUCCGAAGAUAAUCGUAGGUAUAAAUGGUCAAGUUCAGCAACGAAUUUACUUGUUUCCAUUUGGUCACACGAAUUGGUUCAAAAUCAAUUAGAAUUAUCGACUAGAAAUCAACCUAUAUGGGAUAGUAUAGCUAAAUACAUGGGUAGAAAAGGAUAUUCGGUUACCGGAUUACAAUGUCGAACGCGAAUUAAAAAUAUGUUAUGCACUUAUAAUGAAGGAAUUAAAAAAAAUGACUUUAAAAUAAAAACGUCAUCUGACUUAAGUCAUGUUGACUUAAAAGAUAAAAUUGAAGAUAAUAAAAUUACAUUAUUUUCAAAUAAUUGUGAAUCAGAAUCUACACUUACAAAUUCUAAUGAGCCUGAUGAAGAAUAUGACAUUGAAUUUUUGGAAAUUAGCAAUAAUGAUUCUGCCAGUUCUUCGAGCAGUUUUGAAAACAUAAAAGAAUUAUCAGAUACAAUAUUAAAAGCAGUUGAUUUACAAACGAAAGCCAUCACACAAGCAAUUAAUAAUCAAACUCGAAUGAUAGAAAGAUUAAUAGCAUUAGAAAAAGAAAAAUUUGAAUUAAUUAUAGAAUCUGAGAGAGAAAGUAGAAAAGAAUUAGGAGUUAAAUUAGAUAAAUUAUUAUCAAUUAAUAAUGUAAAUACAAUUUCUUACAAUACAUGA